CUUCUCUUUCCCAAAUUUCUGUCUUCCACGAUCCAUCUACUCUCUCUCUCUCUCUCUCUCUCUCUCAUGGAGGAUCGGAGACGCCAUGAACAACCUACCAACUCCGUGAGAAGAAGCCUGAAGAGGAAGCUGCAGGAUGUAUUGAUCGAAGAUCGACAUAUAUGUUUUUCUGAAGAUGUUUCUCAACAGGAUCUACUAUCUGAAAUUCGUGCUCAGGUUGAAGUCCUUGAGCUAACUUACUCAUCGGUUGAAGCAGAUCGUGCCCUAGCUAAACGCUCUAUUAACAUCCUAUCAGAGCUCGCCAAGAACGAGGAUAUCGUCAACUUGAUUGUUGAGUCUGGUGCUGUUCCAGUCCUGGUGCAACAUCUUCAAGAGCCACAGUUGGUGAAAGAGGCUGUUGCUGGUCUAAGGCCGUAUGAGCAUGAAGUGGAGAAAGGAAGUGCGUUUACCCUUGGACUUCUUGCAAUAAAGCCUGAGCAUCAACAAUUCAUAGUUGAUGCUGGAGCGCUUCCUCAUCUGGUUGCUCUGCUUAAGAGGCGCAGGGAUGACCAGAAUGUUCGAACAGUCAACGGUGCCAUAAGGAAAGCAGCGGAUGCAAUCACCAACCUUGCUCAUGAAAAUAGCAGCAUCAAGACAUGUGUUAGGGUUGAAGGUGGCAUUCCUCCUCUUGUUGAAUUAUUAGAGUCCACUGAUGUGAAAGUGCAGAGAGCUGCAGCUGGGGCCUUGCGUACACUAGCUUUCAAAAAUGAUCAAAACAAAACCCAGAUAGUGGACUGUAAUGCUCUGCCCAAGCUUGUUCUAAUGCUUCGGUCAGAAGAUGCUGCCAUACACUAUGAAGCAGUUGGUGUGAUCGGCAAUCUUGUCCACUCAUCCCGAGACAUAAAGAAGGAAGUUCUUCUUGCUGGAGCAUUGCAACCUGUAAUUGAAUUGCUUAGUUCAACCUGUUCGGAGACCCAAAGAGAAGCUGCCUUACUUCUUGGACAAUUUGCUACUGCUGAUACAGAAUGCAAGGUGCACAUAGCUCAAAGAGGUGCUGUUGGUCCACUAAUCGAAAUGUUGCAGUCUCCAGAUGCUCAACUAAGGGAAAUGUCAGCCUUUGCACUUGGGAGGUUGGCACAGGACACUCACAACCAAGCCGGUAUUGCCUAUGGUGGUGGCAUUGUUCCAUUAUUGAAACUUCUUGAUUCUAGAAAUGGCACUCUUCAACACAAUGCUGCAUUUGCUUUGUAUGGUCUUGCAGAUAAUGAGGAUAAUAUUGCUGAUCUUAUAAGGGUUGGUGGUGUUCAGAAGCUGCUGGAUGGUGAAUUUGUUGUUCAGCCAACUCGGGAGUGUGUAGCAAAGACGUUGAAAAGAUUGGAGGAGAAAAUUCAUGGAAGGGUAUUAAGCCAUUUGUUGUACUUAAUGCAUAAGUCUGAGAUAACUAUUCAAAGACGAGUUGCCUUGGCUCUUGCGCAUCUUGCUUCACCUGAUGACCAGAAAUCUAUUUUUGUUGAUGGCAAUGGACUUGAUUUACUUUUGGAGCUUCUACAAUCAGCUAAACCAAAGCAUCAAAAAGCUAGUUGUGUGGCUUUGUGUAAGUUGGCUGAAAAAGCUAGCACACUUUCUCCUAUGGAUGCAGGACCGUCAUCUCCAAUAUCUCAGGUAUAUUUGGGAGAACAGUAUGUGAACAACCCUACACUUUCUGAUGUAACUUUCCUCAUUGAAGGCAAACGGUUCUAUGCUCACAGAAUUUGUCUGCUUGCUUCUUCUGAUGCAUUUCGGGCAAUGUUCGAUGGUGGUUACAGGGAGAAAGAUGCCAAGGAUAUUGAAAUUCCGAACAUUAGAUGGGAGACAUUUGAGUUAAUGAUGAGGUACAUCUACACCGGAUCGGUAGAGGUAAAUUUAAGAAUAGCCCAGGAUCUUCUUCGAGCUGCUGAUCAAUAUCUUCUCGAGGGGCUUAAGCGUCUUUGUGAAUACUCCAUUGCACAAAAUAUAAGGGUCGAGAAUGUGGCACUUAUGUAUGACCUAUCGGAGUCCUUCAAUGCCGUCACGUUAAAGGAUGCCUGCAUUUUGUUUGUUUUGGAGCACCUUGACAAACUAGAUGUAAAACCAUGGUAUGCUAGUCUUCUCCAACGGAUUUUGCCAGAGAUGCGGAAUUACUUCGUGAGGACAUUUACAAGGCCCGUGGAAACUGACUUACGGCAAUAGAUGGUUUAGGUACGUUUUUUUGAUUUGACAUAGAAGAGAACAUGUACAGAAAGUGAUUUUAGUUUCUAUUGUUGAAGAAAUGGUAGGAUCCUUUUGUUGGUAGUCAUGUUGAAUAGAACUAGAAACAGAAAGUCUGCACUGGCCUUUUCCUUGGCUUAAUUGAUCUGACGUUUCUCAUUUUGGAGACGGUUGUAAAUCAGAUUAAUGAUGCUUGCACAUCAUAUUGGCGUGAAAACAUUAAUUACGGGAGAUGGGCCUGAACCUCUUUGUUAGGGGUUGUUUUGGCACCUA